CCGCUUCCGGCAGCACCAGAUAAAUUGCGAGAGGAACCUUAAAUCCUGUCGUUUGAAUUUAGGACCACCUUGGUUCAUAAUGGUCCGCAGUGGAAAAAAUGGGGACCUCCACCUUAAACAGAUCGCGUAUUACAAACGGACCGGGGAGUAUCACCCCACCACACUGCCAAGUGAGAGAAGUGGCAUACGAAGAGCGGCGAAAAAGUUUGUUUUCAAAGAAAAAAAGCUGUUUUAUGUUGGAAAAGACAGAAAACAAAAUCGUUUGGUAAUUGUUUCAGAGGAAGAGAAGAAGAAAGUGCUAAGAGAAUGCCAUGAAAAUGACGCUGGAGCUCACCAUGGCAUAUCCCGAACCCUCACGCUGGUGGAGUCCAGUUACUAUUGGACUUCUGUGACCAAUGAUGUCAAACAGUGGGUGUAUGCUUGCCAGCAUUGCCAAGUGGCAAAAAAUACAGUCACACUAGCACCUAAAGCACACCUCCUGAAGGCGGAGGGCCCGUGGAGUGUGGUCACUGUGGACCUGACCGGGCCUUUCCACACCAGCAGCAGGAGCCACGUGUAUGCAGUGAUCGUGACGGACCUGCUCACAAAAUGGGUCAUGAUUCUGCCUCUGUGUGAUGUUUCAGCGUCAGAGAUCGCGAAGGCUAUUAUCAAUUUGUUUUUCUUAUAUGGACCUCCUCAGAAAAUGAUAAUGAACCAAGGAGAUGAAUUCAUUCAACAGAUUAAUGCUGAGCUGUAUGGAUUGUUUGGCAAGAAGCAAACUGUAAUUUCUCACACCUCCGGGGCUGUUAACCCAGCUGACAGCACGCCCAGCGCUAUCAAGACACUCCUGUCCAAACACUGCGCGGAGCACCCGGACGACUGGGAUGACCACCUGCUGGCCGUGUCCUUCGCCUUCAACGUCACGCACUUGGAGCCUACUAAAAAUACACCAUAUUUUCAAAUGUUUAAUCGAAAUCCUUAUAUGGCGGAGAUUUCAGAUAGUCUUCAGGAAGUGGAUGGUGGCAAUACAAGUAUGUUCACCAGAAUUCUAGAAGCUGUUAAAGAAGCUGAUGAAACAGUGGCGAAUAAGACACCAUCAGUGGCCCAGGUGGAGAACAACAAUUUGGAUGAACUAAAUAAAAGCAAGAUCAUUAUUAAGAAGAAACCAAAGCAAAUAAAUCCAUUUCACUUAAAAGUGGGGCAUGAAGUUUUAAGACAAAGGAAAAAUUGGUGGAAGGAUGGUCGUUUCCAGUCUGAGUGGGUCGGUCCCUGUGUCAUAGACUACAUCACAGACAGUGGCUGUGCCGUCCUGAGGGACGGCUCUGGGGCGAGGCUGAAGAGGCCCAUCAAGAUGUCCCACCUGAAGCCCUACGUGAGAGAGGCCGGAGAGCACGACAGUCUUUAUCUCUUGCAAGGCUCAGUGGUGGCAGAUCACGACUACAUUGGGUUGCCUGAAACUCCAGCUGGAGCAUACCCAGCAGAUAUCCUGGUGGAAGGUGCAGCCGCUGGUCUCGUUGAUAAUGAACUGCUGACGUCCAGCAAAGAUCGCGAUCUCUUAGAGUACAGAAAUGCCAAAAUCUCUCCACUGAUAGAAGAUCAUGGGACUCUUGAAAAACAGACUUUCAGUCUGUUGGACUCUUCAAACCAAGUUCUUGAGUACCUAAGUUAGUAAACACCAAAGUUCAUUUAAAGUGCUUGUUUAGACUGUAUAAAUUCUUAAAUAUUGAUAUCUUAUUCAUUAAAAUAGGUUGUAUAGAA